AUGCAAAAGAACAAUAGAAAAAAGAAAUCUGACGGUGAUUUAUCAUCGAAGCAAUCGGUAAACAAGUCCUUUUUGCUUUCGGGAUUGCCCAAAGAUGCCAGCCUCUCCGAAAUCAAGGCUUUCCUUCCAACUUGGAUGACGAAAUCAAAACACCUCGACACCCGACUUGAUAACCUACAUCGCCUGCAGAGAAGCUCGACGGCCCAUAUGCACACUCUUAACGCAUUGCCAAAUGAGAAAUAUCGAGAUUUGUGUAACUUUUUCGUGAAGCAAAGGUUUCGAGAUGAAUACAUUGUAACAAUCGGGCCAUUGAGAGUCAAAACAUCUAACGGAAAGAAGCUGAAACAAAAGAUCGAUUCGGUUUGUUUUGCUAGGCAGUUCUGGGACUUUAUGACACGCAGCGAAGAAAUCUAUAUCUGCAAUCGCCACGAUAUGAGCAAACACUUUAUGAAUUUCUGUCGUUCCAAUGGUGACAAUUCCAUGAACGCAAAUGAUAAACAGUGGAAGGCCAGGCUGAGUCAGACAGUGAAAACGAUGCAGAAGAUGAAGCUAAUGAAAUCCACGCCUUCCAAUAAUUUUAUUGUCAUGGCAAUGUUUGCCAACCCUGAUAAUCUUCAAUUUCCAGAAAAAGAGCUAAUUCAUGAAAAGACAUCUAAUAUGAUGCGACAGCUGGAGCACGACAUGUGCAACAAGAAUGGUGUAACUGUCUCGAACCUCCCAGUCCGCAUCAUGGGAGCAAUUGGGGACAAGGAGAAGAUUCAGUUCCAUCUGACAGCCGAUCCACCGAGAAAGCUCCAUUCUGUUGAAGUAUCAGGUCCGAAUGGGGGCAUGUUCCAAAUUGACGAAACAGAAGGUCACCCGACUAUUCAGUCACCUUCUGUUGAACCACCGAUAUCAAUUACAAUGAGCGUUAGACCACACAAACUUGGCAUCCUACGCGCCAAAGUGACAUUUACCUUUGAAGACGACAAUGGGAGAAGCUUCGAUAUUGCUCGUGUGGUCACCAUGUCCUGUGGUUAUCGAUCUUUGAAUGAAGCAUUGAAACCAACUGCUCCAUACCAGCGCCCAAGUCGACGGAGACUAGAGAACGUUCAUUAUGAUAAGACAAAUAUUGUGGGUCCGCCAAAGGAAACAAUUGAAGACCGUACCGGGGGAGGCGGACCGUCGCCAUUCAUGCAUCUUGCACAAUAUCCAAUACCGUCAGAAGUCGCCGAAUCGAUCAAAGCAAACAACUAUCAUCAAAGCAUGGAUAGGAUUGGCUGGAGAAUUUCGCCAAAUCAUGAAUCCAUAAAACACUAUGGAGAAUACUGGAAGCAUUUGCUCUAUGCUUCUGAAUGCCAAAUGCAACGAGAUGUCCAGUAUUUUGAUAUGGUAGAUACUUCCCUUUCAAAAGAGGAACGCUACUUUGUGCUGAGGGUACCAGGACUGUCCGAAGGACGACCAAGCGUACUCCGUGGAGAUAUUGUCAAUAUUACUUUCAAGGGAGUGCUGUACAAAGGCCGAGUAGUUUCGAUCCGGCAGUAUGAAGUGUUAAUGGAUUUGCAUUCCAGGUUUGAUCAGAACUUCAACUGUGCAUCCGAUCGUGUGUCGGUUCACUUCACAUUUUCACGAAUGUCGUUGCGAACAUCACACAAGGUACUGGAUUAUCUAGCAGAAUCACAACUUGGUGCUCCCAUUCUUGUUCCAACCAACAAACAUGUGGCCCACAAUCGAGAAGCAAAUAGGAAGCACGGGCAGUCAGAUGUCAAAGAUGUCCACUUAGCACCCUGGGCAAAUGAUUCGCUAAAUCUCGAACAGCAGGCAGCUGUCCAACGUAUUGUCAAUGGGCAUUUGCGGCCAAUGCCAUAUAUCAUAUUUGGACCUCCCGGAACUGGUAAAACCACCACUGUGGUGGAAGCAAUUUAUCAGCUUGGAAAGCAAGACAAAAAGAUUGUGCUACUGGCUCCCAGCAAUGAUGCUGCCGAUGUUUUGGCGGGACGAUUAGCAAGUUACUUUCCACCAACAAAACUCCGACGUAUCCUGGCCUACAGCCGCAGCAUUGAAUCGCUUCCAACUAACAUCCAAUGCUACGCCAGUGACUCGUUGGGCCCCGAGGCACAGGCGCGUGAGAUUAAGAGUGCUCAGAUUGUGGUUGGUACCGUCAAUUUGGCGUCACGGUUUUCGUACUGGGGUAUUCCUCGUGGAUACUUUGAUGUGCUGUGUGUCGACGAAGCGGGACACGCGACAGAGCCAGAAGUGACAGCGGCUGCUGCUUCGUUGAUGGACUUCUAUGGCAAGGAAGGUGCAGUUGGACAGCUGAUUUUGGCUGGAGAUCCCAAACAGCUUGGGCCUAUCAGCAACUCCGACAUUUGCCGCAAAUAUGGACUGACAAUGUCAUUGAUGGAGAGACUGACGGAACGGGAGGUUUAUGGCCGUCAGGCCGAUGGGAAGUACCCAGAGAACCUAUUGACCAAACUCGUCAGGAAUUAUCGAUCUCAUCCAUCGAUAUUGAAACUUCCAAAUGAGAUGUUCUAUUCGGACCUACAGGCUUGUGGGGAUUCUACCGUAACGAUGAACAUGGCAAAUUGGGAGCACUUGCCAAAGUCUGGUUUCCCCGUCGUGUUUCAUGCCGUUGAUGGGGAGAAUCUACGAGAAGGAAGCUCGCCGUCAUGGUUCAAUCCCACCGAAGCCCAACAAGUGGUCGAAUACGUGAGUCUCCUCACAAGAGAGAGCAACCCUCCCAUUCCAGCUCAAGAGAUUGGUAUCAUCACUCCGUAUUCCCGUCAAGCACAGAAGAUUCGUUUGGCCUUGGAAAUUGAAAAUAUGCCGGAAAUCAAGGUUGGAUCCGUCGAAAGUUUUCAGGGACAAGAGCGCCGCGUCAUUAUACUAUCGACGGUACGAGCCGAGCAAGAAAUUGUCAGUCAUGACCUGAGACACAGUCUAGGCUUUGUGGCGCAUCCAAAACGCUUUAAUGUGGCCAUUACUCGGGCAAAGGCAUUGUUGCUUGUGAUUGGAUGCCCUUCGGUUUUGGCGCUGGACAAAGCAAACUGGUUACCCUUCAUGAAGUACUGCUACGAGAAUGGGGGUUGGGCAGGUGAAAGUUGGGAUCCUUCCAUGGCUGAAGAUGACAUUAUGGUAUCAAUGGGAAUGAUGUCACCUGACGACAAUAAUAAUGACUUGAAUACUGCUUGUCUCAGCCCUGUGGCACUGGAAGAGGGAUUGAAGGUCUUUCAUGAAGAAGUAUGA